AUGAGCGUGUUCUUGGGCCAUCGUAGAAACAUAGAUAGGGUCGACGACGGAACGAACAACGAAACUUUAUGACAGCUUUUUCGUACACGUUCACUUGCAUCACAUACACAAGUGCUCUCUGAACCGUGCAAUAAGGUCACCCAGGCCUCGAAUAGGAGGGGGGCAACGCUCUGGAUCCCCCCUGCUUGCAGAAAUGUUUGGAUCAGAAGGGGGGCUGGGUUCUAUUUCCGGGCCGGGCGGGAGGUGAAGGUUCGAAGACCUCCCGGUAAGGAAGAGGGGAAAAGGUGCUUUUCUCAAAGCAGAGGAGGAAGGGUGGGCAGCAGGUACCACGAGCCCUCUGUCCCACACAUCUAUCCAGAAGCAAGUGUAGUUCACCGGUUCCACCGAAUGCUCCUAUCUCUCGGCAAAGAUCGUGUGAGUGUGCAGUUAUGCUUCGGAUGCUUCGCCAGAAUAGAUCGACCCAGUUCCCGUUCUUUUCCGGUGCACUCGCUUUGUAUCUCCGACACACAAGGAAGGACGCGGUGGGAAGGAAGCAGCCCUAGCCUCUGUCCGGCCGAUCAUUCCGCUGGCAUCUCGCAUUCACGCCCCCGUUUGACUGCCGCUCGGGGAUGUAGUUGUAGAUACGUUAGUCUUAGUGGGUCGUUGGCUCCACCUGUUAUCUCCUUCUACGACAUGCUGUUGUCGUCGCCAAUUUAUUCCAUAUGUCACUUAGUCAUCUCUGCCUCGCUGCGGGUCAGCCCCUCAGAGCGUAGCUCUGCACUUCAUUCAGUGACUCCGCGAUCGCCCUCUGAACGAUCAGAAUAA